GCUCCGAUCACGCAGCAGCCUGACGUCCCAGGGCCUUCUGAAGCUCAUUCUAUGAGUACAUGACAUGUCAUGGAGGAAAGCUCCUUGUUCAGUGAACUGUCUCUUAGGACUGUGGGAUUCAGGGGCUCGCGCACCCACGUGGAGGACUACUGCAGUGCUGAUGCCACGUGCGAGCCAGACGCCGUGCGCGACCGGGCGGUGCUCACGAUACCAUACAGCAACACCAGUUUCCGGGUGACAGUUCUGCUGAACGCCGAGGAUCGGGGCAGGUGUCCAGACUUCAUUUUUGACGACGCGUCGUUCCUGGCGGACUGCGACGUGGACGAGCUGGAGCGGCGCCUGCCGGCGCUGCGCUGCUGGCGGCCGGACGCGCUGCCAGACCUGCUGUGCCAGCUGCUCGCCGCCUACAAGGUGCACGUGGCCGGCUGGCUAGCGCCCAACGGCCGCCUGCAGGCCGAGUACAGCCGCCUGUUGGAGGCGCUCGGCGCCGACGCGCUCGAGCCGAUGGUGGCGGCACACGAGCCGCGGCCGGCGCUGUUCGUCGCCCCGGUUUGCUACCGGCGUGUAGCGCUGCGCUUCGACGACGCCGUGGCCGAGCUCCUGCUGGACGACUACCCGCGUCGCGUGCCCACGCUCUGCCUGAGCUCGACGACAGCGCGGCCGUGGCGGCGCGAGGUGGCCGUGGAUGUGCCGGAGGAGGCCGACGUGGCGGAGGUGGUGCGCGCGGUCACGGACGAGAUUGAGGAACUGCUGCGGACAGAGGCCUCGGACUCCGAUAGUGUGACGGAACAUUGA